AUGUCUCGCUACGCAGCAGCCCACGCCGAUCCCCAAGGACCAGGGGACGCUAGACCUACCGCCUUGCAGAUCAUCCACGAUGAAGCCGCCGAGAACACACUGCAAGGCAAGGUCAUCGUCAUCACCGGCACCUCGUCUGGAAUCGGAAUCGAAACAGUCCGCGCUCUCUCAGCUACGGGAGCAAAGCUUUUCUUGACCGCCAGAGACCUUGCCAAAGCGAAGGCGGCCUUGGUGGACAUCUUUGAGCCCAGUCGCAUGGAACUCGUCGAGAUGGACCAAAAUUCCCUCGAAAGCGUUCGUGCGGCAGCCUCCCAGAUCUUAUCCAAAACGGACAGGAUCAACAUCUUGGUCAACAAUGCCGGAAUCAUGGCGAUCCAGACUCUUGAGUUCACCAAGGAUGGCCACGAGCUUCAGUUUGGAACCAACCACCUGUCUCAUUUCCUGUUCUUCGAGCUGCUGAAACCAGCGCUCUUGGCCGGCGUGACGCCUGAAUUCCACUCUCGAGUUGUCGUACUUUCCUCUACUGCCCACUCGAUGAGCGGCAUCAACGCUUCGGAUAACUAUAACUUCCAAAAUGGUGAAUAUCAUCCAUGGACUGCCUACGGGCAGUCUAAAACCGCCAACAUCUACAUGGCCAACGAGAUCGAGCGUCGAUACGGAUCCCAGGGCCUACACGCCACCAGCCUGCAUCCCGGUGGGAUCGUGACCGGUCUCACGAAGCAUGUCCCAGAAGCCGAAGUGGCGGCUGUCUCAAAGAUCGACGGCUUGCAGAACUUAAUGAAGAGCCCCGAGCAGGGAGCUGCAACAACCGUCUGGGCUGCCAUCGGAAAAGAGUGGGAGGGGAAAGGAGGGAGAUAUCUGGCCGAUUGCGCAGAGUCGGAACCUUUGAAGGACGGACAGUCUCCAAUCGGCCCGGGAUAUGCCAAGCAUGCAUAUGAUCCUGAGAGUGAGGGUCGGCUCUGGGAGGACUCGCUCAAACUCGUUGGGAUGUUUUGA